AUGCCGGAGAAGCCUCCGCCGCUCGGGCGCCGUCCGACGGCCUCGGCGAGCUGGGUCCGGUCCCUCCACUGCAAGUCCAUGGCGGCCGAUGACGUCGCUGCCAACGUCGCGGCACUGCCAAAGAAGUCGCACCUCCUCCUCCGGUCGAGCUGCGCCAGCUCCGGCGACGCCCAAAGGGACGUCUCCUCGUGCAAGCCCAAGCUCAAGUCGAGCUCGAAGACUAGUUCGGCGACCAAGAAGCCCAAGGCGGCGAAGUCGACGUCCGUGCCGCCGUCGCCUCCUCUCAGCCCGCUCGGCCCGCUGCCGGCGCUAACCGAGCUCCCGGCGGGGCACUCCUCGCGGCAGGUGGUCGAGAUCAUCUUCCUCUCGUCGUGGUCUCCUCUCCCGCCGGCGCCGGCCGCCCAUGCCGGCGGCGCGUUCUCGGGGGAGGUGGAGAUGCUGUUCCGCGUCCACAACCAGGCGCGCGCCGUGGCGCGCUUCGAGGACUACCGCGCCGCCGUGCGCGCCCGGGCCGGCGGCGCCUCCCGCAGCGCCGCCGACGGCAACGAGAUGAUGCGCUUCUCCCCGGCCCCGCCGCACGGGUGCUCCUCCUCGGACAGCGCGUCCCUGCGCGUCGUCCGGACCUUCGACGGCAGCGGCGGCGCGCACGCCAGCGGGCGCGGGCCGCAGACCGGCCGGCGGGCCAUGUUCCUGUGCAGGGUGAUCGCCGGGCGGGUGGCGGAGGGGGCAUGCUCCGAGGCCGCCGGCAAGGAGUACGACUCCGUCCGCGGCGGCAAGGGCGAGCUGGUGGUGUUCGACCGGCGGGCGGUGCUCCCAUGCUUCCUCAUCAUCUACAAGCUGUAA